UUUACUUGUUCUCUUCAUAUAAUCAACACACACUCAUUCACAAAAAGAAAAUAAUAAUCAAAAACUAUUGAAAUGGGCUGUGCAUCGUCUAAGCAAGUGAAAGCCAACGUCGUCUCCGACGUUUACAAACCACCCCCGUCUAGCUUCGCCGUGUUUAACAUCAACUCCAUCGAGGAGCCGUGGCUGAAAUUCGAACGUGACGACGACGAAAAACCCACAAGCGCCGCCGCCGCGCCGAUCGCCGUCGAGGAAGGUGACGACGACGCUCCCAAAACGUGGGACGAGGUCAGCAAGUCUCUCGAAACCCACCUCAAACCAGCCGACGUCAAACCUGCUGUUGAACCGGUGGUCUCCGUCGAGCCUCCGGCGACUCCUCCUCCGCGACGGCUUCCGCGGAAGAGCGCGUCGUUCCACACGCUGGACGAGCUGGAAACGAAGGCGAGGAAGCAAGCCGCCGCGCAGAACGCGACGACGACGGUGAAGCUUAAAAAGACAGAGUCCAUGUCGGAGUUGAGACCCGAGUCGACUCAGUCGAACUCGGGGGUGCCCCGGUCGGUGAAGGAGAACAUAUUCGUGCUGAGAGACAGGGAGAGGAGGGAGAAAGAAGGGAACAAGAAACCGGUGAUGAACUGGGACCCGCUCAGGGAGUUUCCGGAGAAGUGUCCUCCGGGAGGAGGGGACGGGCUGGUGGUGUACACGACGUCGUUGCAGGGAGUGCGUCGGACUUACGAGGACUGCAUGCGGGUGAGAGCCAUCAUGGAGCAGCAGGGGGUGGUGGUGGACGAGAGGGACGUGUCUCUAGACGCGGGAGUGCUGAGCGAGCUCAAGGAGCUUCUCCAGGACGAAGCGAUGGUGGCGCCGCCGAGAGUGUUCGUGAAAGGGAGGUAUUUGGGAGGAGCGGCGGAGGUGACGGGGAUGAACGAGAACGGGAAGUUGGGGAGAGUGUUGAGGUGGGCACGUGUGGAGAGAGUAGGGGAGGAAGGGAGGCAGACGUGCGAAGGGUGUGGAGGAGCGAGGUGGGUUCCUUGUUUGGAUUGCGGGGGGAGCUGUAAGGUGGUUGUGGCGGGGAAGGGAGAAGGAUGGGAGAGGUGUGUCAAGUGUAAUGAGAAUGGAUUGAUACGUUGCCCUGUUUGUUUUGUUAAUUAAGGAGGGGAUUUUAAUUAAGAAGAUGAACACACAACACAACACAACACGUAUAAUAAAAUACACUCCUGUUUUGUUAUGUGACAGGCUUUGAUGAUUUCUUAUAGUGAAUCUAUGCUAGCUUGCAAGGUCUCGUA